GCCCAUGUACUGUAUUGUGCUUUGGGGAGGAAUACCACCGGAGCUGACGGAAACUACAGGAGUUCAAGUUUUUACACAAGGACUCUGCGUGCCAAACACCUGUAACGAUUCUGAUGUUAGACUUCUCACAGGCACAGGUCUCCUUGGUAUAAAACCAAUGCCCAGUUGGAUUCCGGGAGUAGUUCUCUGUCAGCGGGAAGAAGAGUACGCUAGUUACAGUGUCGCUGCCAUCGUUGCAAUAACCAUCGUCUCAGUCAUACUUCUCAUAUUGUUCAUCUCUACCCUGUACGAGCUCUUCAUUAACGUCUGUUUCUCAGAGGAACGAAUGAAAGCUUUUACCAGCAGUAAGACUGGUCGGUUCUUUCUGUCCUUCUCUGUGUACUCCAACACCAAGAAGGUGUUCAACACAUACCAGCCGCCAGGGCAACUUCCGGCGCUUCACGGCAUUCGGGUCAUCAGCACUUUGUGGAUCAUCUAUGGACACACGGACAGUUUUGCUUCUGCUUCAGCAACAAUUAACAACAGGGAGAAGGUAGAAUUCUACUCGGAGUGGUGGGCGUUCAUAAGACUGAGCAUGGAUAAGUCUGUGGACACAUUUCUCCUCCUAAGUGCGCUGCUGGUGUCCUACCUGUUCAUGAAGCAGCUGAAGAAGAAUGGCGGCUCCUUUACUGGGAAGGACCUGCUUCUUCACUACCUGCACCGUUACUGGAGGUUGACUCCUGUGUACGCCUUCCUCAUCAUGAUCUAUGCUUGCCUACUGGACUACAUGGGGACGGGACCCGCCUGGAAAAACUUCGGCACGGGGUGUGAUACGUACUUCUGGCCAAAUCUCUUAUACAUCAACAACUGGUUCGGUGGUGGCUUGGAGUGUUUCGGCUGGGCGUGGUACCUCGGUGUGGACAUGCAGCUGUACGUCAUAGCUCCGGGCCUACUGAUUCUACUCUACAAAAAACCGAAGUUGGGGCUGGCUUUGAUAAUCACCCUUCUCACAGGAAGUAUGGUUGCGUCCGGUCUCAUACAGCAUUUCUUAGUUAAAAUGUUGGGCCAGGAGUAUUUUACAACGGUGUACACUGUGACCUUCACCCGUAUGGGACCAUACAUGGUUGGACUACUCAUGGGCUACAUCCUCUUCAAGACCGACCGCAAAGUACCCAACACACGUCGCACAAAGGUGCUGAUGCUGUUGGGUUGGGUCCUUGCGUCAUCCACUGCCCUGCUGUUUGUGGUUCUCGUCGACCAAAGUCCGGCCUUCGUGACGUUUGACAGGACCAUGUUUUCCUAUGCUGUGGCCUGGGUCGUGUUUGCUUGUAGUGUUGGAUAUGGAGGUAUCAUCACGGAGUUCCUGUCCUGGAGCGGGUGGGUGCCGUUGAGUCGCCUGACUUACACUGCGUACCUCGUGCACCCCAUCAUCAUGCAUGUCUACGUCAUGUCCCUCAAGGCCCUGCUGCUCUACUCGGCUACUAACUGGUGGUUCUACUUCAUUGCGUACUCCUUCAUGGCCUUCCUGUGCGGCUUCGUUGCCUCCAUCAUGGUGGAGUUCCCGUUCUUCGGGCUUGAGAAGCUGAUCUUCCCCCAGCGCAGAGGCAGGGACAGAUCUAAGGCAUCAAACAACGUGACUAAUGAUGGACCUGGCAACCAAGAUCUUGAACUCGAAGAAUGUGGGCGUCUGCAUGACCACCCAGUCAAUCACAACGAUGUAGAAAUCAAAGGACCGAUGGCGGUAAUAGAGAGCCAAGACCACCAGCCGACGAACACUUCUUCUUAAGCAUAAGCACCAACAAAGAGUAUCUUUAUUUGAACCAUAAUCCCAAUAGUGUGUUAGUACUAUAUGUGAAAGUGAUUUCGAUCCAGUUGAGCUCACUGAAGGGCUAUAUAUAUAUUUUCUUCACUUUACAUGAUGGAGAAGAAAGACGCCAUGUACAGUAUUUACAGGUUAAUUGUACCGGGGAAAUUCCCCUCUCCGUCUCUUCGACAAGCACAAUGAACAGUGAACCAGAGCUUAACGCCUCAAGGGCUUCCAGUCUUUUGGACGGGACGUUAAGCUGUGGUUCCGGUAGCGAUACAGAAGGGAUCGGACUAACGUCUUCUGUUUCCAGAGGCACUGGACCAGUGACGCACCUCUAUGUCGGCAUGUCGGUAACACCACAUUAUGUUUCUAUCAUACGUCAUUUCCAAACUUUUCUCUUGACAGUCAAGUACAGAAUCUAACCACAUGGAAGUUUGUUACUGACACUCCAUGUCUAUUUCUUGGUUUGCCCAGUUCUGCCGUUCUUGAGUUCAAUUAAAACAUAAUAUGCAAAUAAUAAGAUGCAAUAAUCAGAAUUUGUAAGUCAGCCGCAAAAUGUUCAUAUGACUUUUUCUUACUUAUGCAAGGUUAAUAUAACCUCCAUGACUUAAGCACGUGUCUAGGUGCUAGUAAUUGUUCAAUUAAGAUCACUUAUUCAUGCAUAAAAGUAAUGAGGCUGAUAUAGAACCUCCUUAAGAAAAGGCUGACGUGGUAUUUUUUUUGUGCUUCGCCUGGUGUUUUGACAUUUUGUUUCCUGUGCUUGGGAAAUAUGAUAUUUGGCGUUAUAACUCGUGCUUAACUCAUAUCUCGAGAAGUAAGCAGAGUUUGCAGCUUACAACUACGCACCAAGAGACCUUUUUAAUGAUACCAAGUUUGACCGACAAGAACACACCCUUAGCCAAGUUGACUGACCUACAGAUUUGGACCAAGCCUCUGAUAUAGAAUCUGAUGAUUGCUAAAUACCUAUAGCUAACGUUUUAUUGAUAGACCCGAGGAGAAACUUGAGACUACUAUAUUAAUGGGUGGAGACAAUGAGUCUGCAACUAAAUCACAGAAGAGAUUCACAGGAUGCACGUAUAUUAAUUAAACGUUAGUCAACUUGAUGAGAAAAACGUACAGAACUGAGGGGGAGUUGAAAGACAGGACGCGCCCAUGGUGGCAUAGGCUGCUGAGAGAUCUGAUGCAGUAGGGGGGGGGGGGG